AUGUCACAGCCAAUUAAGCUAUACACAUGGGGAACCCCUAACGGAUUCAAAGUUUCCAUCUUUUUGGAAUUUCUUGGUCUCAAAUACGAUGCUAUUCCAGUAGACAUCGGUAAGAAUGAACCCAAGUCUGAUUGGUUUGUCAAAUUGAACCCCAAUGGACGUAUCCCCACCAUUGAAGAUCCCAACUUCAAGUCUGAUAAUGGUGGCAGUAGUGGUAGUGGACCAUUGGUUUUAAGUCAAACAGGUGCUAUAUUGCAAUAUCUUGCAGACACUUAUGAUAAACAACACAAGUUUAGUUACCCUUAUGGCACUGCUGAAUACUACAAGACUUUGGAGUACUUGAUUUUCCAAGUUAGUGAAAAUGGACCCAUCCAAGGUCAGGCUAACCACUUUAUCUUGUAUGCGAAAGAAAAAGUACCAUAUGCUAUUAAUAGGUACACUACCGAUGUCAAGAGGAUUUAUGGUGUUUACGAAGACAUAUUGUCAAGAAACAAAGCUAAUGACGGAAAGUAUUUAGUCGGUGAUCGUUAUACUGUUGCUGACUUUGCCUUGUUUGGAUGGGCAGUUCGUUUGAAAGCUUUGGAUAUCGAUAUUCAUCAAUGGCCAUUAUUGGGUAAAUGGCAUGAUGCUUUGGAAUCCUUGCCAGAAGUUCAAAGAGGUAUUAGAGCAGUGCCACCAAAGUGGCUAAACGAUGAUGAUACAGCGAAAGCGUAG